AUCAGACGUCUGCUGGAAAAGUGGAGCAGAUCUGAAAGCCAGAAUGGCGAGUUUAGGAUCCAAGAAGAAGGAGAACAGCAGACUCAUGGAGGACUUUCCUCAGUUGAGCAACGAGAUGCAGCUGAGCAUCAUGAACAAGGUGAAGAAAGGAGAGCUGUCCAUCGACGACGCUCUGAAGCAGGCCAGGGAGGACCGAGAGCACUUGCAGAGUGGUGCCGACCAGCAGGAGCAGCUGCCCUCUCAGUACAACUUCAGCGUGCACAAGCACGGACGCUACAGGUGGAAGAAGAGAGUUCUUCAGUUUGACGUCGCCAGCAAAACUCUGUGCACCAUCGAGAAAGGCAUCGUCAAGCGACAACUUCCCUUCGCCCUGGUCAACAGCUGCGACGACGGGAUCGGUGCCAGGUUCUCGGUUUCCUUUAAAGGCCACCACGACUACGAGCUGGAGGCCACCUCAGUGCAGGACAAGCACAAGAUCAUGCAGCUCGUCAACCAGAUCAUUUACGGAAACAUCUACAGUCAUCCUGAGGGGGGCAGUGUAGGGACGACCCAGCAGCCUGAAGCGUCUCAGAGCUUACGUGAAGGCGUCCUCCUGUUGCACAGAGGAGGACUGGCGUCAUUCCGAUGGGUCAAAUACGAGGUGGAGCUGCACCGAGGCCAGCUAACGUUGGAGCCUUUCAGUCGACGAGGCGGAGCCACUGUCGCCACCGCCGAUGGCGAGCAGACGUCUCGGUCGCACAUAAACACUGUGAUCCAUCUGUCGGACGGCGACACCGGCGUCAAGAAGCCUCACAGCGCGGACACCUUCACACUUGUCACGCGCAAAAACCAAUACCAUUUCAGAGUGCCUCCAUCAAGCCCGCCACUUCCAGGUGGUGUGCAGUCGGAGCGGGACGCUUGGGUCAAGGCCAUCGACAGGCUGUGUUCCGACUGGAAAAGGAGGUCCAUGUUCGGGGGUGGCGAGAGCCUCCGACAUCUUAGCAUAGCGGAAGACGCAGAAGAGGAUGACAAUGGCUCCGAUGUGGAAGAAGACCUGAACCCCCCAGCCUCUUUGACGCAGACCACCCCUGACCCGGCUGCCCUCCCACCUUCUAGAACCUUCCCAGAGCCUCCUCCCAAUGAAACACCCAUGCUAAGUGAAGCAGUUCCGUCCCCCAUUAGAAUACCGCCUCCUCCGCCUUUACCCCUCAAGUUCAAGAUUGGCCCGAGAAAGAUCCGCACCAAACCCUUCCACUGGGACACGGUCGGCCCCAAGAAGAUUGCUAAAUCCUUCUGGGGGAAACCGAGUAACCAGAGGAUUGAAGUGGACACGGCCCGCUUGUACCAACAGUUUGCUGUUAAGAACCAGGGGUCCUUUGAAGUACCGGAGCCCAGCAACGUGCAACAACACAUUAUGCUCAACCAGAAGAUUGCACACAACUUCAACAUUUUCCUCAAAAGCUUCGCGGUGCAGCCUGCGGAGCUGAAGGGCAAACUGUUCAUCGUUAACGAGGAAGACGGCGGCCUGUCUGAGGAGCACAUUACAUCUCUGAGGAGGUACGUUCCCACGGAGGAGGACGUGGAGAUGUAUCAAUCCUACAAAGGAGUCGUGAGCGAGCUGCACAUCGUGGACCAGUACAUGAUGGAGAUGUGCGACAUCCCGUACCUGAGCACACAGCUGGACCUGCUGCUGACCCUCAGAGAGCUUCCCAUCAGCAUGAGUGACCUGCAGCCUCUGAUUGGCCGGAAGACGCGGAUGUGUGCCCAGCUGCACACCUGCGGGUCGUUGGAGUCCGUGUUGGAGUACCUGCUGGCGGUGGGCAAUUACCUCAACGAGAACGCGGGAAAAGAAAAGGCCAAGGGAAUCCGCCUCUCCUCCUUAGCUAAAUUGUCGCAGCUGCGUGGACGCGAGCGCACCUUCACGUUGCUGCAGGCGCUGGCGGAGCAGAUCAUGUUGCAGCAGCCAGUCUUGGCCAACUUCACCACGGAGCUGGCAGAGUUUGAGACGGUCCCAGCAGCUUCUGUCAAAGGCCUGACUGCAGAGGUGGACGCGGUGAAGAAUGAACUGCAGAAAGUCAUCCAGUAUGGAAGAAGUGCCAAGAAGAGGAACAGCAACCAUGCAAACUUCCACAAAGACCUCAAGGUGGCCGUAGAGGAAUACAACGCCGAUCUUUUCAACUUGAUGAAGUCUUGCGAGGAGAUGAAGAAACUCUACGCCGACAUUCUGGUGAAGUUUGGAGAGUCAGCCGACCAAGACUCUCAGGAGCUCUUUGGCUUCAUCUGUCAAUUCAUCCACGACUUCAAGAGGGCUCGCGCUGAUGUUAUGUAGAUGACAAAAUGCCCUCACUCCCUUCCACUUCUGUCUUUUUGUUAUUUAUUUCUUUUUUGUUGUUGUUUUUUUCUCUCCAUUAUUUUUGUGUAUUUUUUUUAAACUUUGCAAUGUUCUAAACUGUUAUACAAGUGUAAAAAGAAGUGCACCAUUGUAUAUAGGAGAGAAAAAUAAUAACUACAUAUUGCAAUUUGCAAUUAUUCUUCUU